CUAACAGCGCCCGAGGUUUUUGACAUCGGAGCCACAGCUAACGACAAGCACGGAGAAAGAGAAACAGUCGCAAAACCCCACGCACGCACAUGGAGAUGGAGGCUCCGGCGGACCAAGCUAGCGGCAAGCACAUCGUUCUGGUGCACGGCGCAUGCGUCGGCGGCUGGGCCUGGUUCAAGGUGGCGACGCGGCUCAGGGACGCCGGGCACCGCGUCAGUGCGCCUGACCUCGCGGCGUCGGGCGUGGACCCCAGGCCGCUGCGCGAGGUGCCGACGUUCCGCGACUACACCAAGCCGCUGCUGGACCUCCUGGAGUGCCUCCCGCCCGGGGAGAAGGUGGUGCUCGUCGGCCACAGCCUCGGCGGCGUGAACAUCGCCCUCGCCUGCGAGCUGUUCCCGGAGAAGGUCGCCGCUGCGGUGUUCCUCUCCGCAUUCAUGCCGGACCACAGGUCGUCGCCGGCGUACGUGCUUGAAAAGUUCGUGGAGGGGGGAACGCUGGACUGGAUGGACACGGAGUUUAAGCCUCAAGAUCCGGAGGGCAAGCUUCCUACUGCCAUGCAGUUCGGGCCGCUGGUCACCCGAGCAAAGUUCUUGCAGCUGUGCUCGCCGGAGGAUCUGACGCUGGGAAGAUCCCUGAUGAGGGUCGGUUCGAUGUUCGUGGAGGACCUGAGAGUGCAGCCACCAUACACGGAGGCUCGCUACGGGUCGGUGCGCAGGGUGUUCAUCGUCCUCAAGGACGACAACGCCAUCGUCGAGGGGUUCCAACGGUGGAUGGUGCAGAACUACCCCGUGGAGGAGGUCAAGGAAAUCGACGGCGCCGACCACAUGGCGUUGUUCUCGACGCCGGCCGAGCUAGCGCACUGCCUCGCCGACAUCGCCGUCAAGUAUACCGCCUGACGAUAUGGUGUGGCGCACGCUGCGCUUGCUGGUCUAUCUCUUUACCUUUGAUGAUACGGUCUCGUUGCCGGCAUUAAUUUGUGAUUUGUCAGUGCUGUCUGUGUCAGUCUCCGACCUUUGUAGUACAGUACUGAUCUAUCUACUGCUCUUGUUCA